AUGCUGCGGUCUCUUGUCACCCUGGCUUGGGCCAAUAUUGCCCUAGCUGCCACUGUCACCUACACCUGGGAAGCUACUUGGGUGAAUGCCGCUCCCCUAGGUGUCUCACGACCUGUCAUUGGCAUCAAUGGCCAAUGGCCAUGCCCCAAGAUCGAAGCCAACGUCGGUGAUACCGUCGUGGUUCACCUUACCAACAAGCUUGGUAACCAAACCACCGGUAUUCACUUCCACGGCAUCGACCAGAUCAGCACCAACUGGAUGGACGGCCCAAGCAUGGUCACCCAGUGCCCAUUGCCCCCCGACAUGACCAUGACCUACUCCUUUACUGCUGACAAGGGUGGCACUUAUUGGUGGCACUCCCACAACAUGGGCCAGUACCCUGACGGCAUGCGCGGCCCCUUGAUCAUCCAUGAUCCUAACGACCCCUACGCCGGCCAGUACGAUGGAGAGUACAUUUUGUCUGUUUCAGACUGGUACAACGAACAGGCCAUUCCUUUGGCGCAGAACAUGUUCCUUCCGACCAAUACUCGCUUUGCGCCACCUAUCCCCAACGGCAUGGUUGUAAAUGACGGCCUGGGAGCCAACUUCAAGUUUGAGAAGGGCAAGACCUACCGUAUCCGCAUGGUCAGCUUCGCUGCCUUUGCUUCGUUCAUGGUUCACUUCGACUCUCACGACAUGAACGUCAUCAUGUCUGACGCCGCCUACGUGAAGCAGAAGACCACCUACAUGUUGCGUAUUGCUCCCGCUCAGCGUUACGACAUUCUCGUCAAGUGCAUUGAUCGCGACAACCGCAACUAUGGUUUCCUUAUUGCUGGCGAUAUCAACCGCGACUACACUAACAAGGAGUUCGCUCAAAGCUGGCCCUUUAACUACACUGGCCAACUUGUCAUGUUUCCCGACAGGCCUUUCGGCACCGAUGUCGUAAAUGAGUGGCGCCCCUCUGACGACGCCGUCUUUGAGCCCUACGGAGAUGUUCCCAUCCUCCCCGCCGCCACCAAGAUCUUCCAGUUUGACUGGCAGUUCUGCCUCGACACCAACGGUAUCCCCCGCGCCUGCGUCAACGGGUCCCCCUAUGUCGAUCAGAAGGUGCCUACUCUGUACACCGCGGCCACCACGGGCGAGAACAACACGAACCCCCUCGUUUAUGGCGCCAUUCACCCCUUUGUCGUCAACUACGGUGACAUUGUCGACAUCGUCAUCAACAACAGGGACGAAGCUAUCCAUCCCUUCCACCUCCACGGUCACCACUUCCAGGUCCUCAGACGCCCCGCUACCGGCACGGGUAACUGGCCCGGCGUUCAGCGCGCCCGCCUCAACCAGAAGCCUCCGCGCCGCGAUACCGUCUCCGUCAUGGGCAAGUCGCACGCCGUCAUCCGUUUCGAGGCUACCAACCCGGGUGUUUACCUCUUUCACUGCCAUAUUGAGUGGCACGUUGAGAUGGGUCUCACUGCUACCAUCAUCGAGGCCCCAGAGAGGCUCCGCAACCUCACCGUCCCCGAGGACCACAAGGCUGCCUGCCGCGCUCAAGGCAUCCCGACUGCUGGCAAUGCCGCUGGUAACAUUGACAACCCCCUUGAUCAGACUGGCAUGAACCUUGACCCGUCCCUGACAUACCACGGUCUUGAGAAGCUAACCGAUUCGUUUAGUGCCACUUAUAACCCUCCUACCGCAGCUCCCGCUAAGCUACGCUCGCGUGUCGUCCGCAAUUAUUAG